CUCGCGAGGACGCGGGAAAGCAGCCGGUUUAAAUGGAAGGCGGAGUGCGCGGGAGCCCAACUUUCCAACUGCGUGGCUCUCGGGAGGUUUCGGGUGCUGUCCACUGACCCAGUUUUUACGCCAUCCACUCCCGCUUUGGCCAUGGUACGGACUAAGGCUGACUGCGUGCCGGGCUCCUACCGCAAAGUGGUGGCCGCUCGGGCGCCCCGGAAGGUGCUGGGUCAUUCCAGCUUCGCCAACUCUUCUCUCUCGCCUCAGUCCCGGAAAGCUGAAAGUAAGUAUGCAGGUGGAAACCCAGUAUGUGUACGGCCAACACCCACAUGGCAAAAAGGAAUUGGAGAAUUCUUUGGGAUGUCAUCUAAACUUUCAGAAAAAGAGAAUCAAAUUCCUGAUGAAGCAGAAGCAGGAAGUAGUGGCCUAGGAAAACCUAAAAGAAAAUCUUGUCCUUUUCGACCUGAUCCCACAGAGGAUGAUGAAUGUCCAGAUGAAGAGUAG